CUCACCGUGCGGUUGUGUCUCUAUUUCGUGUAGUCGUGGUUUUUCUCGGUUCUCGGUUUAAAAUCGGUUCCUUUUGGUCAGGAUUCCAGAGGCGAUGGGAUGGGGAAAUGAUGGCCUGAAAUGGUGAAAAUAUGGUUGAGCGUGCGGUCCCGAGGUCCCCAGUAGGCCUUUGACGGAAGUUUUUUCCCCUUACCAAAGUGAAUAUUGCUGGUUCGAAGGUGUGGAGCGUAGGGAACGAGAGUGGGAACAGUGCUGUUUUUGAUAAGAUAAUUGAAGAAGUACCGCAGAGAGUCUCGGGUGGUAUGUCUAUUUGGGUCGCUGGGCCGUUUCGAAUGGGAUCCUCUGUUCGAUCCUCUGACGUGUAGAUAUUGAUUGUGUGAGACCCUGUCCUCGCUCGUCCUGGCUGAAAUCCGUUCUAUUUUUCUCCGUUCCAGUGGAUCAGUUCACCUGGCUGGCUACGACGUUGGGUUGGGUGGCCCCGGAACAGUAACGAGACGAGACGAAGGACACACACAUUUCGCGUGUCUUCAAACCGUGCGUUUCUGUCGCCGUCGUCGACGUUGUCCUUCGGAUCGCGUGAGCAAUUCUCUAGAUGAGCACGAAUGCGAGAGCGAGAGUCAGUGAGUGAAAGUUGGACACGGGCGGGAGCAGCCUACUAAGUGAUUUGCGAAAGGAAGCGAAUUCCGUUGCCAGUGAACCGGUUCAAGAAAAAUCCUGCCUGGCUGCUCAACUCGCUUCUCAUCUGCCAGGAGAUUCGCAGGAUUCGUUCUGCUUUUUGGAGCUGACUCGCCUUCGCCUCUCGGUACUUCCACUGCUGUUUUUACCACUACACAUUACUACUGCUACUGGCAAAGGAUCUGCUGUGUGCAACUGUUUAGGGCGGUUCCGCAGACUGGUGACUUUGCUCUGCUCCAUGCAGAAGUGGUUUUUGUCAAGUUUUCGUGCCUAAAUGGUGCACAAUUAGCUUAGAAUGGUGCCUAAUCUCUAGGAUCAGUGACUAGUGCAAUCGGGUUAGUGUAGUCUCAUGUCGCAGGUGGACAAUUCGGCUUAGUGGGCCUCUUUUUGCGAAUGCUAGCUGGAUCGUGUUCCGCUGGACCAGUUUUUUCGGCUACCUAUUUACCUGUCAAAGAUGAUCUGGUAAAGCCAGCAGUGUCCUCAUAGUGCAAACCGGGAAUCUGACCCGCCAGAGACAACCAUACGGUUACAAAUUGUCAUGAAUUGGUGCAAAAUCUGCAAAUAUUCGCCAACCAGAAUAUUUGCUGGCCCUUGACGCAGCCCCGAAAAUAUCGAUAAAAGAUUGUGUGUGGACCAGGGACAGCAGACUGAGGAAAAUCAGAGCAAGACAGGUUUCCGCCCUACACGGGUGAGAGUGAACGAAACGGAAAAUCCUGGUUUUGCUGAAUCCCUGUGAGCCCAGCGGGUUGUGAAUCGUCAGAAACACACAGCAGCAGCAGCCAGCAGGUCAGGACAACGUGGGCUCUGCAGCAAAGGAAGUGUGCAAAUUCGAUUUUUUGUCUCACUCCCUUUGCCAAAAUAGGCACUGUUCCGAGAUUCUUUCGCCGCGAGUUCGUCUCACCAGCACCAGCUCACCACGGGGCGGCACUCAUUCUCUCCCAUUACAUAUUUUGUUUUCGCUCACCUUUUAAAUUAACGUCACGUUUGUUUUCGUGCGCCCUCCUAACUGGAGCAGGACCCAACUUCAGCGAUUAGAAACAAGAAGGACGACGACGAGCGAUGAUGAUUAUGAUGAUGAUGUGACAGAAUGUGAACUACCCAAAAUAAAAACCACCCACUUUCGGCUACUCAUUUACUAUAAAGCCUACUGUGUUCACAUAACAACAACUGAAACAAACUCCAGUUCUAUACGCAAUUUUUCCGACUGGGAAUGUUUGAAGUGUUACACACUCGUUAAAAAACAAUUGUAAAUUAUUCGCGAUUUUUUGUUAAAUGGAUUAGGAAAAUUCCUUGUCUAUGACAUUCUACGAAAAAAGUCGAAAAAAUACAACUCAAGCGUUAAUUGUUCCACAUUAAAUUUUCUUUUCCGAUUAGUAUCCCAAAAUAUUUUCUACUUCUUCUGUUCAGCACAAGUGACAGUGUCUGUGUGGCCAUGUGAAUUUUCCCGCAAGAAAGGAUCCGAAGAAGACGUCGUGUGUGUCCUAAAUUCUCACGUUAAACGUACUAUGGUGAAACUUGAAACAGGCGAGAAGUGAGAGAAGCAAAAACAUAAGACGAGAGAAAAAAAGAAGUACACGAAAAACAUCAGCAGAGAGCUCUUUAGGCCGAAAUCCAGGGAAAAUAAACCGGAAAAGUGACGACGGUGGCGAAAAUUUCCAAGCAAGGAAAAGAAAAAUGUUUCCGAUUUUCGCAAUCUAAACACAUCAACUCUCAGGCACGCACGCACACACACACACACACUCAUCCACUCAUACGCGAGCGGAUAACUCAUACGCGUACAGGCGUUUACCUCGUUGCAUGGUCGAAUCGGAAAAUUGGCUGGGAUAAAAACAAAAAAAAAACCGAUGAAAACAUAAUUUUAAGGGAGCAGUCGAAAAACGUUAUUUUUAAAGUGUGCUACUUAAAGCGUGAAAUCAUAACCUAGUGAAAGGAAAAGAAAAUAAAAGGAGGUUUAGUGAAACGAGUCGAAGACCAACGAAAAAAAAAAGAAAAAAAUCCUAGCAGAGCAAAGCAAGCGAGAAAAAAAAGUUUAAACACGGUAGAAGAAAAACGGUGAGCAAUUUGUGAAAGGGGAAAAGCGUGAAAAUUUGUCGUAGUGUUGUGGUGGAGCAUAAAAGGGGUGUGGAAUUGAAGAUUGAUAUUUUUAACAAGGCUAAAAAUAGCGAAGCUUGUGCUGCUGCCUCUGCUUUCCAGAGAGUGAGAACGACGAAACGUUUGUUGAACGAGAAAGUUUAAUUCAGCAAUAAAAGCGUUCGGAAAAGUGCGUCUCUGAAGAUAAAAAUUGUGCGGGUUAUCCAGUGAUUUCAGAUUAAAAACGUUUUUAAAAUACCUUACCGGAAGUGAUUGCUAGUUUAGACAUCUGAAGGAUCAGUGUAGUGGAUAUGUCUUGUUAGAAAAUGAGAAUUGGGUCCCUUUAGACUACCCAAGUAAUUUUUUUCAUAAGUGAAUCACCCUUCCGUCAACGCGGCUGAAAAUAUCGAACCCAAAGUUUAUCCUCAGGUUUUCUAAGUGAAAGCGAGCCGAAUUUUUUAAUCCUUUCAGUGGGUACUCGAAAUGGCUGGUUUGUCCCUUGAGCCGGCCGUCUCCAUGUUAUGGCGGCAAACGGCGACCCUUCGAUGAUCUCUCCUCCGUCUUCCAUUUCGAACGGGCCGGAGCCUCAACUGCCGCCGUUGCCACCGCCCCUCAGAUCAACGCAAGUCCUGCAGCCGCUGUCCGUUUACCCAGUUUCAACUCUGAGUCAGGAAGCGCCAUAUGAUUAUGUCUUUGGAGGGCCACUGGACUCGCAGGCCCUGUCAUCAACGCUUAAGCUGACCUCGCCUCCAAUACGACUGCGACCAGACGUGUACCGCUCCCAAUCGAUCGACUCCCAGCGCAGCAGUGGCGUAGACGAUGGACGGUCCUCGUCCGCCCAGCACUCGCAGCACCAUCGUUCGUCCCGCGGCAGCUCCCUCAAGCGCUCCGGCUACAUAGGAAACGACGGCACCGCCUCUAUUGGCUCCCGGAAGAGCAACCGAAGCGAUGGGGAGGAUGCGGAAUCCUUGCGUCAAUUGCUUAUCGAAUUGCAGAAGCAGGUCAGCGUGAUGAGCAUGAAUCUGUCCGCCAAACUGGACGAUCUGCAGCGGGGUGACCGUCACUUCGAGACGACGGUUGCCCUCUGCGAGAUCCGGACCCAGCUCCAGGAGCUGACCAAGUCGGUCGAGAGCUGCCAGUCCGAGGUGUCGGAGGUGAAACGUGAUAUGGUACAAAUCAAACAUGAGCUGGACACGGUUCAACAGGUGAAGGAGGAAAUCGAGGAGCUGCGGGAGUACGUGGACCGGCUGGAGGAGCACACCCAUCGGCGGAAGCUGCGGCUGCUGGAGCAAGGUUUGACGUUCUUCCUGACGUACGCCAUCUUUGCGGCCGUCCUCGGGAUGCUGCAGUUUGGCUACAACACCGGAGUGAUCAAUGCGCCGGAAGUGAACAUCGAAAACUUCAUGAAGGACGUCUACAAGGACCGAUACGGAGAGGACAUCAGCGAGGAGUUCAUCCAGCAGCUCUACUCGGUGGCCGUGUCCAUCUUUGCCAUCGGCGGCAUGCUGGGCGGGUUCAGCGGCGGCUGGAUGGCAAACCGAUUCGGCAGGAAGGGCGGCCUUCUGCUGAACAACGUUCUCGGCAUUUCUGGUGCCUGCCUGAUGGGAGUCACGAAGAUGAGCCAUUCCUAUGAAAUUCUAUUCCUCGGACGAUUUAUAAUUGGUGUCAAUUGUGGCUUAAACACAUCAUUAGUACCAAUGUAUAUAUCUGAAAUUGCUCCAUUAAAUUUAAGAGGUGGUUUAGGUACCGUUAACCAAUUGGCUGUGACCGUAGGAUUAUUAUUAUCACAAGUACUGGGUAUAGAACAAAUUUUAGGAACUAAUGAUGGCUGGCCAGUCUUGCUCGGCCUUGCCAUCUGUCCAGCUGUAUUACAAUUAAUACUCUUACCUAUCUGCCCCGAGUCACCUAGAUAUUUGCUAAUUACCAAACAGUGGGAGGAGGAAGCCCGAAAAGCUCUCCGAAGGUUACGAGCCUCCAACCAGGUCGAGGAGGACAUCGAGGAGAUGCGGGCCGAGGAGCGAGCUCAACAGUCCGAGAGCAGCAUAUCGACGAUGGAACUGAUCUGCUCCCCGACCCUCAGAGCCCCCCUCAUCAUCGGAAUUGUGAUGCAGCUGAGCCAGCAGCUUAGUGGAAUUAAUGCGGUAUUCUACUACUCAACGUCGCUCUUCAUGAGCUCAGGUCUAACGGAGGAAAGUGCUAAAUUUGCCACAAUAGGAAUCGGUGCAAUAAUGGUUGUGAUGACACUCGUAUCAAUACCACUUAUGGAUAGAACCGGUCGACGAACGCUGCAUUUAUACGGACUAGGUGGAAUGUUUAUAUUUUCAAUAUUCAUAACGAUAUCGUUUUUAAUAAAGGAAAUGAUCGACUGGAUGUCCUACCUGUCGGUGGUCUCGACGCUGGCCUUCGUGGUGUUCUUCGCGGUGGGUCCCGGUUCCAUCCCGUGGAUGAUCACGGCCGAGCUGUUCAGCCAGGGUCCGCGGCCGAGUGCGAUGGCCAUCGCCGUGCUGGUCAACUGGAUGGCGAACUUCGUUGUUGGAAUUGGUUUCCCAAGUUUAAAGACUGCCUUGGAAAAUUAUACAUUCCUACCGUUUAGUGUAUUUUUAGCAAUAUUUUGGAUAUUUACAUACAAAAAGGUUCCUGAGACCAAAAACAAAACGUUCGAAGAAAUUUUAGCACUAUUUAGGCACGGGAAUGGAAGAAACCUUCGCGAUAGUAGACUGUACGGGAGUAUGCUAAACUGCGUAAAUAAUCUGGAGCCGCAGAGUAUGAACUCGGGAAUUGAACGGGCGGCGCUGAUGAUAUCGGAGGAGAAGACCCAGCACGAUUCACUGUUCGGAGGGCCCACGCUGGAUGGUGAAAUGGGUCCGUAUCCGGUGGGCGCUCAGCCCCUUUUCGGGACCGCCACCCUGGACGGCGAAAUGGGUCCCUAUCCGGUGGGAACCGGGACCUUGGAUGGGGAAAUGGGACCGUAUCCGGUAGGAACGGGAACCCUGGAUGGGGAGAUGGGUCCCUAUCCAGUUGGGGAUAGCACCAACUUGCUGCUGGGGCCCCAGUAUUCGAUGUCGUCGAUGUCCUACGGCGGGGGUGGCGGAUAUCGGACGACGACAAUCACCGGCGGCAGCAGCAGUCGAAACUACGGAACGGCUGGCUCCACCGUCAGCAACACUUGCUCACCGAUGCCAAAUAGACGAGGAGGGGGAGGAGGAGGAGGAGUAGGAGGAAGUGGGCGGAACACCAGUCGUGGAAUGCAACAAGGAACCGGAAGCAGCCGGGCGGCUGUUGCUACGGAUGGCGGAAGCAUUGCCAGUCGGGACAGCUUCCGGCGCCACUCGGCUCACGGGAGGAUCGUCAGCUCAGCUGCAUCCGAGCGUUGUUCCGGAGACGCAAGAAAUACUCAAAUGCGAACUGCUACCUGUGCGCCCCAUCACCAUCAUCAGCAAGUACCUGUCUGCCAGAACACAGGGCCUUGACUGCAGAGCACCGCCUUGACCCCUCCUA